AUGGCCUGGUGGUUCAAUAUUUGGAACGUUCACGAAACGAUUCACCCGUUUUUCCUUCUUCUGAAAUUCAAUAUUCUGUCGCAGUGUUGCUCUUAUUGUCAAGAUACAACGCAAUCAAUAGAUCCUUCAAUCAUGCUAAUGUCUUUACCUGGAGAGGACGCACUCGCCGCAUUUAACACUUUCAGUGUAUUGGUAAAGUGCCUUGGCAUCAACCCACCCGUGUCUUGCGAGCGAAAACGUACCCAUCCGACAUAUCGAUUCGUCAAUAUUUCAUCAAUCAUUUGUUCCACCGCAUUCUAUGGUUAUCUUCUACUUACCUUUUCGUUGGAUAGUGGUGAACUUAAACUGGGUUUACAAUCACUGAUCAUAGUUCGUAUGCAUGAUUUGUAUUUUGUGCUGCGCUACCUAACUGUGAUCGUGGUGCAGGCUCAUGUAUUUAGGAAUGGAGCUAAAAUCAAUCGGUUGUUUCUGGUGCUUAACGACAUUUCAAAUGUGCUGGCUGAAUUGGCAAAUCGUAAAGGGUUUAAGUGUAAAAUCUUGUACAUAGGAACAGUUCGGUUUGCAAAACAUCUUUGCAUUUUUUCCAUAUCUUAUCCAUUCGUUUGCCUUGGCAUAUCUUACUUCUUUCUGAUGUUACUAGGCCAAAACCAGUUUAAUGCACACGUUUCUCAAUUCGUACGGCUACUCUGUUUUACUACUUACGUACAUUUAUGGUUGCAAGCCACUUUGGCCCUGUUGUUAGUGUUGUCACGCUAUGAAGCACUGAAGAAUGUCUGGGGAAUGUACUUUCCCACAAACCUACCCGUUGUUAAUCUCGGCACCGAGUUUACGAUAUGCAGCGAGAAAGAACAGAUCAAUGUUUUGAAACAAAUUAAAAUUCUACAUGACAAACUAAAUGACGUCGUGGAGCUCGUUAAUUACUGUUUUUCGGUACAGAUAACAUUUUGUGUAGGAUUAUGCUUCGUCAUUGGAGUUGUUUGUUCAUUUGGCCUAUUCCGGGCUUUUAUAUAUCGUAACGAACUAUUCUACAUGGGUGUGUUAAACUUUGUGUGGUACUUGUAUUAUCUUCUUUUUGUCUUGUUCUUUAUCGCUGUUGGUAGCAAAAUAACUCGUGAGGGUAAUAGAAUUGGCGUACUUGUGCAUAAAGCCAUCAACUGUUCAUCUUCUACGGUGGUCAUCAAUGAAUUGAAUCUAUUUUCACAGCAGCUGCUUCAUCGUAGUCCGGUAAUAACAUGUGGGUUAUUUGUUUACGAUUGGACACUUUGGUACACGAUGAUUGGAGCCACAGCAACGUACCUUAUCAUCUUAAUUCAAUUCGAUGUCUCGUUCCCGAAUUUGGUUAAUGUUAACGCUACAACGAACACCUAA